AUGGACGAGUCGAACUACGACGAGUUCGGUAACUACAUAGGACCAGACGUCGAUUCCGAGGACGAUUUAAUCGAGGACGACAAUAAUGAAGAAGAAGAUGGCGAUUGGGGGCGACGACGAAGAGGUGACGGCGCAGACGAAGAAAUGAGAGGAAACGACGAAGACGAAGACGAAGAGAACGACGAAGAGGAACCAACGACGACGAAUGCAAUAGUAGUCUUAGCAGAAGAUAAGAAAUAUUAUCCCUCCUCUAAAGAGGUGUACGGAGAAGAUACGGAGACACUGGUAGAAACCGAAGACGCGCAGGCUUUGGAGGUGCCGAUCAUCGCCUCGCAGAAUACGAAGAGAUUCGAGAUCGUUUCGGAAGAUUCAAAGUUGGACAUUUCGCACGCUAAAAUGAAAUGUAAGCCAGAAUUUUUGGAAAUGUUGUGGCAAACGCCGGUGUUAUCGAGGAACGUGUGCAUUGCUGGUCAUUUACAUCACGGGAAAUCAUCUUUAGUGGAUGCGCUCGUGGAGGAGACGCACGACGUUUCGGACGCGUGGAAGUACGACGAUAAUUUAGGUUCGAGCUCUACGCAACUGUCACAAAAUAAUUACAACGCUUUGCGAUUAUACACGGACACUCGACUUGAUGAACGCAGCCGCGAGAUGUCCAUUAAAGCCGUGCCGAUGACGUUACCUUUGGCAGACGGGAAGCACGGAAAGACGCACUCGAUUUCAAUCUUCGAUACUCCCGGCCACGCAAACUUUUGCGACGAAGUCUCUGCGGCUGCCCGAAUAGCCGACGGAUUCUUAAUCGUUGUCGAUGCUGCAGAAGGGGUCAUGUGUGGAACCGAAAAAGCGAUCAAAAUUGCCGCGCGAGAGAACGUGCCGUGCGUUUUGUUCAUCAACAAAAUCGACCGACUCAUAGUAGAGCUCAAGCUUCCGCCUGCGGACGCGUACCACAAACUUAGACACGUCAUCGAAGAAUGCAACGCGUUAAUUGAAGCCGCGUAUGGGCCAGAAAAUGCGCGUUUGUGUACACCUGUGAAUAAUCGCGUGUGCUUUGGAUCGAGUUUAUACGGAUUUUCGUUUACUUUAGAAUCUUUCGCCAAGACGUAUAAAAACGUUUCGCAGAGCGAUGACUUGGAUCACAAACAGUUUGCGAAACGAUUAUGGGGCGACGCGUAUUUCGACGAAGAGACGCGUGCGUUUAAGAAGAAACCUCCGGUUGGACAACAUGAUUGCGAGCGAUCGUUCGUGCAGUUCAUCCUCGAACCGUUGUAUAAGCUUUUCUCGCAAGCCGUCGGCGAGGCGCCGGAAUCUUUUCAAAGAGCUUUGAAAGAAUUCAACAGGUUUUCGUACAAGUUGAAACCGAAAGAGUUAAAACAAAACACGAAACCGCUGAUAAAACUCGCGUUCUCAAAAGUCUUUGAAUCGCAUGGCGGUUUGACGGACAUUUUGUUACACUCCAUACCGAAUCCCAUCGAAGGCGCGGAAAGCAAGAUUUCUCGCACGUACACGGGCGAAUUAUCAACCUCGGGUAGACGCGUACGAGCGAUGCAGACCUGCGAUAAAGAUGGACCGUUAGCCGUCCAAAUCGUGAAACUUUAUCCAUCCACGAAAUCUCCAGGCGCGUUCGACGCGUUUGGUCGCGUUCUUUCCGGUACGCUUUGCGUAAACGAUUCGGUGAAAGUGUUGGGCGAGGCGUAUUCGCCGGACGACGAAGAAGACUGUGCGGUGAAGACAGUUUCGCAUUUAUGGAUUAACGAAGCGAGGUAUCGCAUUCCUGUACAGAGCGCACCGGCUGGUUCCUGGGUACUCAUCGCCGGUGUCGAUCAAUCCAUCGUUAAAACCGCAACUUUGGUUUCUGCGUCCUCAAAAGAUGGAGAAGAAGGAAACGACGAAGACGUGUAUACGUUCAAACCGCUGGAAUUUGAGAAUAAAGCGGUGGUUAAAAUUGCCGUAGAACCGUUGCAUCCGUCCGAUUUACCGAAAAUGGUUGAAGGUUUGCGCAAAAUAUCAAAAACAUAUCCAGCGUUGCAAACAAAGGUGGAAGAAUCCGGUGAGCACAUCGUCGUCGGUAUGGGCGAAAUCUAUCUGGACUCGGCGAUGAAAGACUUGCGUGAAGUAUACGCGGACAUCGAGGUUAAAGUAGCAGAUCCGGUAGUGGUGUUCGCAGAAACGGUAGUCGAAACGUCUGCGUUAAAAUGUUUCGCGGAAACUCCGAAUAAGAGAAACAAAAUUACAAUGAUUGCAGAACCUUUGGAUAAAGGCUUAGGUUUAGAUAUUGAGAGCAAAAAUGUCGUCUUGGAGUGGCCGAAGAAACAUUUGGCGAACUUUUUCACGCAAAAGUACGAUUGGGACGCGUUAGCGGCGAGGUCGGUUUGGGCGUUCGGACCAGACUCCGAUGGACCAAACGUAUUAAUGGACGAUACUUUACCGAGUGAAGUCGAUAAAGACUUGUUGAUGUCUGUCCGAGAGUCCAUCGUCCAAGGUUUCCAGUGGGGCACCCGCGAAGGUCCGCUUUGUGAAGAGCCGAUUCGCGAAACAAAGUUCAAAAUACUCGACGCGACGAUAAGUAGCGAGCCUUUACAAAGAGGUGGUGGUCAAAUCAUUCCAACCUCCAGACGAUGCGUGUACUCAGCCUUCUUGACCGCGCAGCCUCGUUUGAUGGAACCCGUAUACGCGGUUGAAAUUCAAACGCCCGCGGAUUGCAUGACGGCUAUUUACAACGUCUUGUCCAAACGACGCGGUCACGUCGUUUCGGACGUUGCCAAACCGGGUACGCCGGUUUAUAUCGUUAAAGCUUUACUUCCUGCGAUAGAAUCCUUCGGAUUUGAAACUGAUUUGAGAGCGCACACGAGAGGUAUGGCAUUUGGUUUGUCUUAUUUCGAUCACUGGUCAGUCGUUCCCGGAGACCCGCUCGAUAGAGCCAUUCAGUUGAGACCGUUGGAACCGAGUCCUGUCUCGCACUUGGCGAGAGAGUUUUGCAUUAAAACGAGACGACGAAAAGGUAUGGGCGAAGACAUUUCGGCGUCGAAGUUCUUCGAUUCCAGUCUUCUCGAAGCUUUAGAAGGCGUCACUUUGUAUUUAUAA